CGGAGGCUCUGCCGCUGCGGCCGCAGCAGCUCCGCUCGUAUUCCGGGGAAGCGUGGGACGGGGGCUUCUGAAAUAAGUGGAGCGGCGUUCGGGUUAGGGUCCGUGCUCUCCGCCUGCGGGAGAGCGAGGCGAAGUGACCGGGGCGAGCAGGGGGUGCGGAGGAUUGGGGGCCGGUGCCUCACAGCCGGACAGAGCCCCGGCUGCGCCGCGCGACUAGCUCUUUGGCCCUCGGAGCGCAGCAGCCGGCGAACGGGCAGCGGGACGCUGGGACGCGGCAAACAAGGUCAUUCUCCAGCUUUUAGAGGUGAUGGAUCAUCUGCAUAGAGGGGAAUCAGUUGCUGCAAUACUCCGUAACCGUCAGAUCUCCUGGUGUUAGUAUUUGUCUCACCCCACCUCUGCUCUGAAGAUGAACGCACUGUUCUUGUUCAGUUUACUGUAACUAAGCUCGAGAUUCAUGUGGUUCUGAUCUUCAUAUCGGAUCGGGAGUUAAGAUAAGAAAUGUAAAUAGUUCAACCACGCUGACUACAAUUUCCUACCGAGGGAAGGUGUGCGGUGCAUAGGUUUUGAAUACAUAAAGCUUGUUUCUGCUUUUGGGAGCUACAACUGUGAAGUGUUAUACCAGGCAGAUGCACUGGGGUGCGCUACUAUGUAGAGGAGCCUAGCUGUGCAUCACAGCUCUCAACUUUAAAACUCCAGAGAAUUUGAUGAGAGAGGGAUCCACAAGAACAUGACAAAUGAUGAGAGUUCAAACCUUAAGAGAAAAAUGGGCUUAUUGGAGACGGAGGCAAUUAUCUUUAAAACAAGCCGAUUUCAAGGAUAUAUUCAAAAAAUCAACUUCAGGAUCUCUAGUGGAAGAGGAAGACCAACACAUGAAAUUGUCCCUUGGAAGCAGCGAAAUGGGCCUCUCCUCCCAUUUGCAGUCUUCCAAGGCGGGAACCACACGCAUCUUUACCAGCAAUACCCACAGUUCUGUGGUGUUACAGGGGUUUGACCAGCUCCGACUUGAAGGGUUGCUCUGUGACGUGACCCUGAUGCCAGGGGACACAGAUGACGCCUUCCCUGUGCACAGAGUCAUGAUGGCCUCUGCUAGUGAUUACUUCAAGGCUAUGUUCACAGGUGGAAUGAAAGAACAAGAUUUAAUGUGCAUUAAGCUUCAUGGCGUGAGCAAAGUCGGUUUAAGGAAAAUUAUUGAUUUCAUUUACACUGCAAAGCUUUCUCUUAAUAUGGACAACCUUCAAGACACACUGGAAGCUGCCAGUUUUCUACAGAUUCUGCCGGUUUUGGACUUCUGCAAAGUAUUUCUCAUAUCUGGGGUCACUUUAGACAAUUGUGUCGAAGUUGGGCGGAUUGCCAACACCUACAACCUGACAGAAGUGGAUAAAUACGUUAACAGUUUCGUCUUGAAGAAUUUUCCUGCAUUGCUGAGCACCGGGGAGUUCUUGAAACUCCCUUUUGAACGUCUUGCCUUUGUGCUUUCCAGUAAUAGCCUUAAGCACUGCACUGAACUUGAGCUCUUUAAGGCUACCUGUCGCUGGCUACGCCUGGAAGAGCCUCGGAUGGACUUUGCUGCAAAAUUAAUGAAGAACAUACGAUUUCCACUGAUGACACCACAAGAGCUCAUUAAUUACGUGCAAACCGUGGAUUUCAUGAGAACUGACAACACGUGUGUGAAUCUCCUUUUGGAAGCCAGCAAUUACCAGAUGAUGCCAUAUAUGCAGCCAGUGAUGCAGUCAGACAGGACUGCCAUUCGGUCUGACACCACUCAUUUGGUUACACUAGGAGGAGUGCUGAGGCAGCAGCUGGUUGUCAGCAAGGAAUUGCGCAUGUAUGAUGAAAAGGCUCACGAGUGGAAGUCCUUAGCCCCCAUGGAUGCCCCAAGGUACCAGCAUGGCAUUGCCGUCAUUGGAAAUUUCCUGUACGUCGUUGGUGGACAGAGUAAUUAUGACACAAAAGGAAAAACAGCAGUUGAUACAGUCUUCAGAUUUGAUCCUCGAUACAAUAAGUGGAUGCAAGUUGCAUCUUUAAAUGAAAAGCGCACCUUCUUCCACCUAAGUGCCCUCAAAGGAUACCUGUAUGCAGUUGGUGGGCGAAAUGCAGCUGGUGAACUGCCUACAGUAGAAUGUUACAAUCCAAGAACAAAUGAAUGGACCUACGUUGCCAAAAUGAGUGAGCCCCACUAUGGCCAUGCUGGAACUGUGUAUGGAGGCGUAAUGUAUAUUUCAGGAGGAAUUACUCAUGACACUUUCCAAAAGGAGCUCAUGUGCUUUGACCCUGAUACUGACAAAUGGAUCCAGAAGGCGCCAAUGACCACUGUCAGAGGUCUGCAUUGCAUGUGUACAGUGGGAGAAAGGCUGUAUGUCAUUGGUGGCAAUCACUUCAGAGGAACAAGCGAUUAUGAUGAUGUCCUAAGCUGUGAAUACUACUCACCGAUCCUUGACCAGUGGACCCCAAUUGCUGCCAUGUUAAGAGGGCAGAGUGAUGUUGGGGUCGCUGUCUUUGAAAAUAAAAUCUACGUGGUUGGUGGGUAUUCAUGGAAUAAUCGUUGUAUGGUAGAGAUAGUGCAGAAAUAUGAUCCAGAUAAAGAUGAAUGGCAUAAGGUUUUUGAUCUCCCAGAGUCCCUGGGUGGCAUCCGAGCUUGCACACUCACAGUUUUUCCACCUGAAGAAACCACACCAUCACCUUCUAGAGAGUCCCCUCUUUCUGCACCUUAAGAUCGUCCCUACAACUAAGAUGCUGUAGUCCUAUCUUUGCAACGUGUCAUGGAUUCUCUUCUUUCGCCCUCCCCCUUAAGUAGUGUAUGUUAGGAUUAGCCUCCAGUAAUUGAUACAAAUAUUGGAAAAAAGACGACAUUGAUGUUCUUUGUGCUGUUUGUUUGGUGGUAACAAAACCAUUUUGGAAAUGUAUCCCAUAGAAGCUGAUGUUUAACAUACGAGGAGAAAAAAAAAAAAAAAGCAAGGCAAAGUAUUGUCUAUAAGAUGUUUCUGCAGUACUUUUUUGAUGCUGUGUACUGGGUGUAAGGUAUUUGUCAUCUUACAUUAGAAAGCCCAAUAAACCAAGUUGAAGGUGGAUUAUAGUAAAUGUACAACUGUGCUAACUAGGCUUCAAAGUAAAAAGUUUUCCUUUCAUCUUUGACUGUGAGAUGUGAAAGGGAGGUAGCCCGCUCCAACAGGAAACAAUAGACAAAAGGUUGCCAACUCGCAUGAGCUACCUCCCUCUUUUCAUAAAGUAUUUUUGACAUAUCUGUCAGCCCACCUGUCUGUGGGGUACAUUGAGAACACAUCGAGUUUCUUAGACACACAGGAGAAAGAAUAAUUGUAAUUCACGAAUAUUAAUUUAAAAAAACAGCAUGACCCCUCAACUUGUAAGCAAGGCUUUGGGGUUUUUUAAGUGUGUAUAAAUAUAGACACACACAUAUAUCAAAUAGAAGAAUUUUAAAAACUGAGUAGCACGUCAAACGAAUGCAAAAAAGAAAACUUUGAAAUUUCUUCCAAAAAGCAGCUUCCAUUAAAAUGGGAAUUCAGUAUGCACGUACUGAACGCACGUAGGUAGAAUCAUACUGAAUUUAGGUGAAUAAGGGCUAGAAAUUUUGAGCAACUCAAUUUGUCAUUUGGCCAAAUUUUUCCUUCCCAAACUGUAAUCUACACCUUCUCCUUUGCUGUUGAGGUAACUUACAUAUUAUAUGUAUUCUGUAUACUCAGUUCAUAAGAUUAUUUAGCACAAAGUAUAGCAGCUCCACCUGGUGAGAGCUCCUUUCGCUCAGUGAAUUCCACUUCCAUGUUUUAUUUUUUUGGUUCAAUAAAAACAUUUAAUGUCGCUUUGGUGUGAGGUA